UGGAAAAGAAGAAUAUUUAUUCAGUAGUGAAAAAAAUAAACUUUGAUUAUGCUGAAAACGAAUAGCAAUUGACUGAUACUAAAAAAAAUAAGGGAUUAAGUUGGUGUAAAAAAAAUAGCAUGAUGAUGGCCAGUGCGAAGUUGGUGCGGGAGUGCAGCUCGGACCUGAGCUCUGACGUGCGCUCGCUGUCCAUGUCGUCUACGGAGGAGCAGGACUCCACCACCACGGAGUCUGAGUUUUCUGAGGAGGAGAAGGAGUAUGAGCUGGAUGACCUGCAAAUCCUUAAAACCAUAGGCACGGGUACAUUCGGAAGGGUCUGCUUGUGUCGCGACAAGGCCGCGGACGAGUACUUGGCUAUGAAAAUCCUGUCCAUGGCAGAUGUCAUUCGCUUGAAGCAAGUGGACCAUGUCAUGAACGAGAAGAGCAUCCUCGCGGAGAUCAACCACCCAUUUAUAGUAAAUUUACGGUGGUGGACGCACGAUGAUACGUGUAUAUACAUGCUGUUCGACUACGUUUCUGGUGGAGAGCUGUUCACAUAUCUGAGGAGUGCAGGACGCUUUAGCAAUACUACUGGUAAUUUUUAUGCCGCGGAGAUAGUAUCAGCUUUGGAGUAUCUUCACGCGCGGAACAUCGUGUACCGCGACCUGAAGCCCGAGAAUCUGCUACUGGCGAAGGACGGGCAUCUGAAGAUCACGGACUUCGGGUUCGCGAAGAAGCUCAUGGACCGAACGUGGACGCUCUGCGGCACUCCGGAAUAUUUGGCGCCGGAAAUCAUACAGAGCAAAGGGCAUAAUAAGGCUGUGGACUGGUGGGCAUUAGGCGUACUCAUUUACGAGAUGCUAGUUGGUUACCCACCGUUCUACGAUGAGAACCCCUUCGGCAUCUAUGAGAAAAUCCUCAACGGACGGGUGGAGUGGCCACGGCACCUCGACCCCGUUGCGAAGGACAUUAUAAAGAAACUACUCGUACAAGACAGAACUAAGAGACUUGGAAAUAUGAAGUGCGGUUCAGAAGACGUAAAAAGACACAGAUGGUUCAAGAAUAUCGAUUGGGCCGAUGUGUUCAUGAAGAAAAUGCAGCCUCCCAUCAUGCCGACGGUGUCGUACGAGGGCGACACGUCCAACUUCGACGAGUACACCGAGACGGACUGGAAGGCGGCGCGAGCGCUUGACCCUGACGAACUGAAACUCUUCGCCAACUUCUGAUCUCCUGCGCAUACGAAAUCCAAUGGAAACUGAUAAAAUCCUUGUAGUUCUGGCUACCAUACAUAGGUAUUUUUACCUGAUAGUUCCAAACGGAGAUUGUAGACUUUCGUUUCCUAAUAGUUUUUAAUAUAUAACUUUAGGUACAUAGGUAUGUACUUAAUUUAAGAGCUUAAAAAAGGAUUUUUUCUACUCGUCGCCUGUAAUGGUUGAAUUAAGAUUUCGUAUACCAAACUAUAAUUACGUACUUUUCAUGUAUGGGCUCCCAUCUCAACUAUAAUAUUCAUUUCGAUACGCUGUAGUCAACUAUAAAAAAAAAUUACCAAUCACGUGCCGCCGCGCCCCCAUAGAAAAGUCUAAACGGGCAACAAUAGUCGCGCGUUGAAGUCUUUUUCACUACAUUUUUUGUAGUACCAAUUUUCAUUAGUUAUUUAGGUUUUAUAGUAAAAAAAAGUAUUAUUUUAGAUGACUCGUAGAAAAAGUAUUAUAUACAAUAGUGAAAUAAUCAAGCUUUUUACUCUCGUACCUCACUUAGGCAACGAAGCUUCUGAAAAGCUGUCUAUUAUAUCACGAUUGUAUAAAAUCUAAAAUACUAUACCGAUGUAACAUGUUGUCAUAUCAUAUGGCAGGCAUGAUAUUUAUUUAAUAAAAUAAAUAAUAAAAAUAAAAAUUAUUUAUUUUCAGAUAGCUGAGAUCCAUAAAUUGUUAGUUACAAGACACUUAUAAAACUACAUUAGUAAACUACCUAUUACAUAAAAACAUAUAAAUACUUAUUUCCUAGGUCGUACGACAUGAAGGUCGGUAUAUCGGCGGAGGAUAUCCGAGUCCCACCUUUCGGCAAUCAUUCUCAGGAUGCUAUUUGAGCUCCCCCUCAUCCGCAGCACCACAGAUGCCGUCUUCUUCCUUAUUAUGGCAUAAAAGUCCUCUACGCUAGCAUCGGCAAACAUUCCAGAGGCGCUGCAAAAUCGAGGAAGCCCAAACAGCAUCCUGAAAAUAUUAUUAUAUUGGAUACGCAGGGUAUUGUAGGUCUUCAGCCUGAAACUGGCCCACAGGCCACACGUAUAAAAACUUUGACAAUAAGCUCGAAAUAGAGUGAGCUUCACUUGGGCACUGCAGCGUGCGAACCUGUGCGCCAGCAUCCCGCCUCGGACCGACAACGCCCUGCGCUCCCGCCAAGGUCCUCGGUCACAUUAUUAAUAAUCUGUCAAAAUACAUUUCGUAGCGGUUAAUUCAUUAUUUUAGAACAAUAACUCUAAAGAACUACGGCUGCAAUACCUACAUAGCAUAAUUUCAUAGGAGACUAAACUGUAACCUUAUUUUGUGGUUCGUAUGGUUUUUUGGCAAAAGAUGAAAUGAACCACAUUUACUUUAUGGUGAUGUAUUCGUGUAAACUAUCUUCAUUCAUGAUAUUAUAACUGAAGAAUUAGAAGCUAAUAACAAGAACUAUGCAUUUAUAAAUUGUCAAACAAAAAAUCGAAUAGCCGUUUUCAAGUUUUAUUUGUUCAUACUUCCAUUUUGUAUAUCUGUAAUGCUGUCUUUAUUUAAGUAGUGUAAGUAUAUUGACGCACUGAUAAAUAUCUGUUGACGCAUACAAUACAAGUCCAAUUUGCGUUUAUAUAGCAAAUACUUGCAUGCUUUUUCAUAUUUGUGUAUAAAUGUGUAGAUAUAUGAAAUUAGUGCCUAAUUCAACUAAUGAAGAGCUACUCAAGUAGGUAAUUGAUUGUUAACCUGUUUCUAUUGUGGAUCAAUAUUUUUAGUAACAGGGUUCUACAUUUUAGUGAAAACUCACUUAAAAUUAUUCCAAUGCUUGUUUAUUCAAAGAGUAGUUUAAGGAAUAUAAUGUAUCUGUUAAUAAAAUCAUCUUCGCUAAGCUGCGAUGUCCAAUGUUUGUGAUUUAAGCUUAAAAUAGGCCUUAAAGUAUGUUAAGUGUAAACUGUAUAAUAUAUUAAGUAUUUAUUUCAAUCAUCUUUGAGAAAUCACCAUUGCACCGGGUUUGUGAUAUAACUAAUGUAAUUUAAUGGUCCUGCGUUAAGGCGUCAAAAAUUAUUUAUGGAUUUAAAAAUUCAAUAUUUAAUAUUACUUUACCCAUGGUCCUAACUAAAGCGACUAGGGUGACUGCUGCAGUUAUUGGCCACUACAUAGUAAUUGGCCGCUGUUAACAAUAAGACUUCUAUUCGCUUGGUUCUUUUUGAUUUGUUAGGACCACUCCUAAUUGGCCACCCAAUUACUAUGUAGUGGCCAAUAACUAUAGGAGUCACCCUACGCGACAGCGUGAUGAGGCAAGCAACAGUCCAUAUUAUUUUGUCUCAAAUGAUCGUAUUAACUAAUCUGUAAGGCUUGUAUAAACCACGCGUUCUUGAUAAUAAAAUAAUAUAUAAGUAAUUAUAUCUCUAUGUAAAAAAUAACAAUAUCACGAUAUCCUUCGUCACAUUUAUGAUUAGAUCACAAAAUAUCACUAUAAAAAAGUUGUCAUGCAUUUAUUGAUUCAUUUAUAUAUAUGGUCCUCGUAAUCAUAUAUUAUUGGUAAUAUUAUAAUUUAUAAUUAUUCGGAUGCGGACCCGAGAACUAUAGGAUAUUUUUGGUACCUACAAUAUAUUAUUUAUUAUAAUAGACAUUUUAGUUGAGCAAUGCGCGACCUCACCUCAUCGAAGUGAUGUACUGUUUACGCACGAAAUGCGUGAAUCGCACCUCCUUAGUACCCCUAGUGUAAAUUUCAUUCGAUAGCGUGACGUGACGCGUUUGCGUUAAGUCUCAUUUUGUAUGGGAUGUGACUACUACGUGGCUCUUCUAGUCCUUCUAAGCUAACUUUGCACCGACUUGAAUAGAACAAAAUGAGGGAGUGUCUUUCUAAACAACACAUUUUGAGAUAAAUUUGACAUUAAUGAUGACAUUGCCACACUUUGUCAUUGCAAAUGCGAUGCAGAGUUAGCUAGGUUCGACUCUAGCAUUUUCAGAUAUUUAAAGAAGAGAACGAUAAAAAAUAUUAUUUAUCGGUAUAACAUAAAAGGUAAAUAUAGAUUUACAUUUCAUGUUCUUUUGUCGUUUUGUUAUCGUGUACCUAGUUUUUUUUAUUGGUAACCGGUUAAAGUUAGCUAGCAGUACCUAAUAGAGUCAGAAAUGAUGAUAUCCGCAGUAGAACUAGGGUCGCAGAAUUGCAAACCUUAAGUGGCAGUGGGCGGGGCACAUUGCUCGCAGAACUGAUGGCCAGUGGGGCCGUAAGGUUCUGGAGUAGCGUCCGCGUACCGGAAGAUGAACUGCUGGUAGGCCUCCAACGAGAUGGAGCGACGACCUGGUGAAGGUCGCGGGAAUUCGGUGGAUGCGAGCGACACAGGAUCGGUCGGAAUGGCGAGCCUUGGGGGAGGCCUAUGUUCAGCAGUGGACGUCUAUCGGCUGACAUGAUGAUGAUGAUGAUGAAUAGUACCUUAAAUGAAGAGCACUUACUACUGUUGCUCAAUGAAUGAAGAAGGUACUUAAUCAAUAAAUUAUGUAUAGGUAUGUCUAUUUUGAUAACCGCUUUAAAUUAUAUAUUUUUUAUACCAAUUGCCUAUUAUGUAGUUGGUUACAGGUUAAAAACAGGAAUUUUGAUGCUAGUUAUGGUCCCUUAUAUCCAAAAUGGAUGGAUGUGAAUCUUCUCAGAUGAUUUUUACGCCUGAGACCUUAAUCUGUUAAACAAAAGCCAUUGUUUAUUUUGUGCGAGCGGUCGGCCAUUGUGUCUAUGCGCGUGCCACAGCAACAAUGUCGUUUAAAAAGCGGCUGUAUCGUGGUGGGUUUAAGGUUCAAAUCUAAGUACAUGUAACAUGUUUUGGUAAUGUAGGACCAUCGACCACCUCAAUGUAGGCGAGCGCUACAGCCGGUAUUUAAACGACAUUGUUGCUUUGGCACGCGCUCAGACACAAUGGCCGACCGCUCGCAUAAAAGAAACAAUGGAAUUUGUUUAACAAGUUAGGGUCUUAGGCGUAAAAAUAAUUUGAGAAAAUUCAUACCAUACCUAGUAAGACUCUAUGUCGAAGAGCCUUCUUGCCGUUUUAUCCGGGUCGCGGCGUGAUUAGUUUGAAUUCAGGCCAUAUAAUAUUCUCUGUGAUUUCAUUUAGUCGUUAAGUAUAAGAUAGGUAAUUAAAGUUAUUAAGCAUAAGCUUAUUUCAGUCAAUAAUCACAGAGGAGUAAUGUCAUUGAAACUUACUUUGUAACCGUCAACAAUCUACUAAGAAACAGCAGGGUUGUAAACUAUAAAAUAAAUGUACAUUUACCAAAAUAAA